UAGGAGGAGGCGGGCGGGCUGGUGGGCCGGGCGGACGGCGGGCGGCCGGGAGCGCGCGGUGGACUCGGCGGCGGCGGCGGCGAGUAGUUAGUUGUUGUUAGUCAGUGUCAGUUGCUCGGCGGCGGCGGCCGCAGUCACCAGGAAGGGGACGGGACGGCUGGUGAUGGUGGUCACCGCGGCGGCGUGUGCGCCCUUGAGGUGUCUGCCUAAGCUGGAACUUACGCUGUAGAUAUUUUUUGUGGAUUUGUCUGAAAACCAAGGAAAAGAAUAUUUGAAGUCCAUUUCUAAGGGAAAAAAAGGAAGCAAUGACAUAGUACCUAGAGCUGGAGCCAACUAAACUGGUAAACAUUGCUAUCUUCAGAAUAAGUUAAGGAAUGAGAGGCGAGGAAGAGAGGACUUUCAUCCUGGAAGGACCCAAAGCACUUUGAAAGUUUAAAGGAAUGUACUGAUAGCUGCUAAAAUCACCUUUGUUACCGAAAUGGAUGAAGUACUUCAGAUUUAAAUGAACUUUAUUCAACAUGUAUAUCCUGUCUUUCCAUUAUGCCAGCAAAAUUCAUAGAUCUUCUAGUUAAUGUAAGCAAUCAAACUAAGAAGACUGGAAGGAAGGAUGAACACAAUGUUCACAAUAAUUAAUAAUCUUCACCUUGAGAAGAAGCUGUUGACCUGGCCAGUAUUGAUCACACUUAAAGAGCUGCUAUGAAACACAGGGGAGGUGAAAACUAACAGAUGGAAGUUUUGCCAUGCACUGAAAGGAAAGCAUUGUCUGUGAAGUUCUAUUUUUAAAAAUGUCUGCUUGUAACACCUUUACUGAACACGUGUGGAAACCUGGUGAAUGCAAGAACUGCUUUAAACCUAAAAGCUUACACCAACUCCCCCCAGACCCUGAGAAGACACCCAUCACCCAUGGCAAUAAAACUAAUGCCAAUCACAGUAACAACCACCGCAUCAGGAACACCGGAAAUUUCCGGCCACCUGUGGCUAAAAAACCCACUAUAGCUGUGAAGCCCACUAUGAUGGUGGCAGAUGGGCAGAGUGUGUGUGGUGAGCUUAGUAUCCAAGAACACUGUGAGAACAAACCUGUCAUCGUAGGAUGGAAUCGAAACCGGACAGCCUUGAAUCAGAAACCACUUAAUAAUAAUAAUAAUGAAGGUGAUAUUGAAGGAUUUAGCCCCAUUCCUAAGCCUUAUGGGAAUAACGAUAGUGCAAAGAAGGUAUCAAAUAACAAUAACGGACUAACUGAAGUGUUGAAGGAGAUUGCAGGCUUGGAUACCAGCCCUCAGGUGAAAGGAAACGAAGCAAACUCCAGAGAAACCUUCUUAGGAAGAAUAAAUGAUUGCUACAAACGAUCACUGGAAAGAAAGCUUCCACCAAGUUGCAUGAUGGGCGGGAUGAAGGAUACUCAGGGCAAGCACGUUAUUCUGAGCGGGAGCACAGAGGUGAUCAGUAAUGAAGGGGGCCGAUUCUGUUACCCAGAGUUUUCUAGUGGUGAAGAGAGUGAGGAAGAUGUGCUUUUCAGUAACAUGGAGGCGGAGCACGAGAGCUGGGAUGAGAGUGACGAGGAACUGCUGGCCAUGGAGAUUCGCAUGAGAGGGCAACCUCGCUUUGCCAACUUUAGGGCGAACACUUUGUCUCCUGUCCGAUUCUUUGUGGACAAAAAAUGGAAUACUGUCCCGCUGCGAAAUAAAUCUCUGCAGAGAAUCUGUGCUGUAGACUAUGAUGACAGUUAUGAUGAAAUCCUGAAUGGUUAUGAGGAGAAUUCCGUGGUCUCCUACGGACCAGGAAGCGUUCAGAGCAUGGUGUCAUCUGACUGCACAUCACCGGAUUCUUCUUUAACAGAAGAAUCACGUUCUGAGACAGCCAGCAGUUUAUCCCAGAAGAUUUGUAAUGGGGGAGUGUCUCCUGAUAACCCAGGAGAGUCUAAGGACGUGAAGGAGAAUGAGCCCAAUCAUGAGAGCCUUUCUGGUAAUAAUCAGGAGAAGGACUCAUCACAAGCAUCCAAAAGCUUAAUAAAAGUUCCAGAGACACACAAAGCAGUCCUUGCUCUCCGAUUAGAAGAGAAGGAUGGCAAGAUUGCCGUACAGACUGAGAAGCAAGAAAGUAAAGCCUCUACGGAUAUUGCCGGGCAAGCAGUAACCAUAAACCUCGUUCCUGUAGAAGAGCAAGCAAAGCCCUACCGCGUCGUGAACCUGGAGCAGCCCUUGUGCAAGCCGUACACUGUCGUGGAUGUGUCGGCAGCCAUGGCCAGUGAGCGCCUCGAGGGCCCUGGUAACAGUCCCGAGACGAAAAGCUCAUCUACUCCGAACUCUCCGGUGACAUCCCCCGCACUGACAUCAGGACAAAUAAGUGCCCAUUUCCAAAAAUCCAGUGCAAUCCGAUACCAGGAAGUAUGGACUUCCAGUACCAGUCCACGACAAAAGAUGCCCAAGGUGGAACUGAUCAGUGGUGGAACUGGACCAAAUGUCCCUCCAAGGAAGAACUGUCACAAAUCAGCACCUACUUCACCCACAGCCACAAACGUUUCCUCCAAAACCAUCCCUGUUAAGUCACCUAAUUUGUCGGAAAUAAAAUUUAACAGUUAUAACAAUGCUGGUAUGCCACCUUUUCCAAUUAUCAUUCAUGAUGAACCAACUUAUGCUCGGAGUUCCAAAAAUGCUAUCAAAGUUCCCAUUGUAAUCAAUCCAAAUGCAUAUGACAAUCUAGCCAUCUACAAAAGUUUUCUCGGAACAAGUGGAGAACUUUCAGUGAAGGAAAAAACCACAAGUGUAAUAAGCCAUACUUAUGAAGAAAUAGAAACUGAAAGCAAAGUGUCAGAGAACACCACUAGCAAACCCACCGAAUGUCCCCAAGCUAAAGGGUUUUCAAAUAGCACGGAGCGUAAAAGGGGCUCGGUGGCCCAGAAGGUUCAGGAGUUUAGCAGCUGCCUGAGCAGAGGUCAGCCUUCACCGCAGAGAAGCUGCAGUUCCAGCCGCAGCUCCCCAGCCAAGCUCCAGAGGACCACGCAGGAACCUGUGGCUAGAACAGAAAGCACUCCUGAGUCUGAGCCGGCGGGCGGUGGCGGCACCAGGGAGAAGGCCAGCACGGUGCUUUCGCAGAUUGUGGCUUCCAUCCAGCCCCCGCAGUCUCCGCCAGAAACGCCCCAGUCUGGUCCUAAAGCGUGCAGUGUGGAAGAGCUUUAUGCAGUUCCUCCCGACGCCGGUGCUGCCAAGAGUACGCCUAAGAGCACGCCAGUCCGGCCCAAGUCUCUCUUUACGUCCCAGCCCAGUGGCGAGGCCGAAGCACCUCAGACUGCGGAAGGUCUUACCACCAAAGUGCAGAAAGAUCCACUCACGAAGCCGGUCACCACGCCUCCCUCCAAACCGGUGACUAACCCCCAGAGCGAGCCACCCCCUCCCUUUCCCCCGCCACGCUCCACUUCCUCCCCUUACCACGCAAGUAACCUUCUGCAGAGGCAUUUCACCAACUGGACCAAGCCCACCAGCCCUACCAGGUCAACGGAAGCAGAAUCAGUUUUGCAUUCCGAAGGCAGCAGGCGGGCAGCGGAUGCCAAACCGAAACGCUGGAUAUCGUUUAAAAGUUUCUUCCGCCGUCGGAAAACAGAUGAGGAGGACGACAAAGAGAAAGACCGAGAGAAAGGGAAACUGGUGGGCCUGGAUGGCACAGUCAUCCACAUGCUGCCCCCUCCUCCAGUUCAGCGCCAUCACUGGUUCACAGAGUCAAAAGGAGAGUCCAGUGAGAAGCCAGCCAUCGUCUUCAUGUAUAGGUGUGACCCUGCCCAAGGCCCGCCCAGUGUGGACCAGGGCAAGGCCAGGGCAGACCAGUCAGCAGUUGCAGGGAGGGGUGCAACAGAGGAGGGGUCACUGCAGGACCCAGAGAAGAAGAAGAGUCGUCACUGUUCUCCAUCACAGAUUCCUAAGAAAAUUCUCAGUCAUGUGACCCAUGAAGUGACAGAGGAUUUUUCUCCUCGGGAUCCAAAAACUGUUGUUGUGAAGCAGGAUGGCGGGGCCUGCACGUCAGUCACACCAGCAUUGCCUCUACCUGAACUGGAAAGGGCAGAGGAAAAAGAAGACAUUUCAGAUCCUCUGGACCUGAAUCCCUGUAGUGCUACAUACAGCAACUUAGGGCAAUCUAGAGCAGCCAUGAUACCUCCCAAGCAUCCACGGCAGCCUAAGGGAGCUUUGGAUGAUGCCAUUGCCUUUGGUGGGAAAACAGACCAAGAAACACCUAAUGCUCCUCAACUUACACCACCCCCACUGCCAAAGAAAAUGAUCAUAAGAGCCAAUACAGAGCCAGUCUCCAGAGACCUCCAAAAAUGCCUGGAAACUACUCUUUGCGUCAUGGCUAAUCCCACCUACGAUAUCGACCCCAACUGGGAUGCCAGCAGUGCUGGCUCUUCAAUCAGUUCUGAACUCAAGGGGCUGGACGUUGAGUCUUAUGACUCCUUGGAGAGACCUUUGCACAAGGAGCGACCUGUGCCCUCAGCAGCAAACAGCAUCUCCAGCUUAACCACUCUCAGUAUUAAAGAUAGAUUUUCCAAUAGCACAGAGUCCCUGUCCAGCCGGCGUGGUCCCUCUUGCAGACAGGGCCGAGGCAUCCAGAAGCCACAAAGACAAGCACUUUAUCGAGGACUUGAGAAUCGUGAAGAAGUAGUGUGUAAAAUCCGAAGCCUUCAUACAGAUGCUUUGAAGAAACUGGCUGUCAAAUGUGAAGACCUCUUCAUGGCUGGGCAGAAAGACCAGCUCCGUUUUGGGGUGGACAGCUGGUCAGACUUCAGGCUAACCAGUGACAAGCCGUGUUGUGAGGCAGGCGAUGCCGUUUACUACACAGCUUCGUAUGCAAAAGAUCCCCUUAAUAACUACGCAGUCAAGAUCUGUAAGAGCAAAGCGAAAGAGUCGCGGCAGUAUUAUCACAGCCUGGCCGUGCGGCAGAGCCUGGCGGUCCACUUUAACAUCCAGCAAGACUGUGGUCACUUCCUUGCUGAAGUUCCUAACCGUCUGCUUCCCUGGGAGGAUCCUGAUGCCCCCGAAGAGGAGGAGGAUGAAAUGGAAGCGACGGAAGAGGUGAAAGGGGAAACUGAUGGGAAAAGCCCAGAGCCCGGCUCCGAAGCGGAGUCAUCCCACGGAGAAAGCCAGGCAGUUGUUAGCAGGAAGCAGAGAAGCCACGUGGUGGUCAUCACCAGAGAGGUUCCCUGUCUCACCGUGGCCGAUUUUGUGCGAGACUCCCUGGCACAGCAUGGGAAGAACCCUGAUGCGUACGAGAGGCAAGUGUGUCUGCUGCUGCUCCAGCUGUGCUCCGGCCUGGAGCACCUCAAACCCUACCACGUCACUCACUGUGACCUACGCCUGGAGAACCUGCUGCUUGUCCACCACCGGCCCCGGGGAACCACCCAGGGCCUUGGGCCUGCAGAGCCUGGCCCCACCUCAUCUUGUCCCACAAGGCUCAUAGUCAGCAACUUCUCUCAAGCCAAGCAGAAGAGCCAUCUGGUGGACCCUGAGAUCCUCCGGGACCAGUCCCGCCUAGCCCCAGAGAUCAUCACCGCCACCCAGUAUAAAAAGUGCGACGAGUUCCAGACAGGCAUCCUCAUCUACGAGAUGCUGCACCUGCCCAACCCCUUCGAUGAGAACCCAGAGCUGAAGGAGAAGGAAUACACUCGAGCAGACCUGCCCCGCAUCCCGCUCCGCUCCCCCUAUUCCCGGGGCCUGCAGCAGCUGGCCAGCUGCCUACUGAAUCCCAACCCUUCUGAGCGGAUCCUCAUCUCCGACGCCAAAGGCAUCCUCCAGUGUCUGCUCUGGGGCCCGCGGGAAGAUCUCUUCCAGACUUUCACCACCUCCCCCAGCCCCAUGCAGAGGAACGCCCUGCUCCAGAACUGGCUAGACAUCAAGCGAACACUGCUGAUGAUCAAGUUUGCUGAGAAGUCCCUGGACAGGGAUGGGGGCGUCAGCCUUGAGGACUGGCUUUGUGCUCAGUAUUUGGCUUUUGCUACUCCAGACUCCCUCAGCUGUAUUGUGAAAAUCCUGCAGCCCCGUUAGCGUAUCCUGGUUGCUGGUUUUACUUCAUUGUCACCUUCUUCAAGUCGCCCACACACUUCCCCUUCCUGGGACUCACACAGAAUUCAAGGAAAGAAGAAAGAUAAGCUUUCCAUCCCCAUCCGUGAACAAAUGAGUCCACUCAGAAAGAUUAUCCUCAGCUCCAAAUCAGUGAGACGCUGAGUCCGUCUUAACGUUACAGAAAGUCAACGGCACAAACAUGCAGCUGCCUUCCACUGGAGCACCUUCCGCCCUGACUGUCCCACAGAUGCAGGGAAAUGAAGACGCGUCCUUGAAGGGACAGCUCCUUUGGGAUGAACUCAGUGAGCUGGGUCCAUUCCUGCAUAAUUCUGAGUAUCACCUGUCUUUUUGACACCACGUAUUUGUUCUCACUAGCAAUAGGCAGAUUUAACCAGUCCUUACCAUCCUCUAAGCUCUCCCAAUAGACUUUCUUCCUUGAAAGGAUCCAUAACUGGCUGUCUUACCAGAGAAAACUGCCAUCCUUAGCAUCAGCCCGAUUUUGGCUCCGGGACUGUAUCCUUUGUCCCAGCAGGCAGUAGAAGGACAAGGAGAGACCCCGUCCCUUGGGUCACGAGCCCAUUUUCAUUUCUGUUGUCGAUAAGUGUGUGCACUGCAUGGAGGACGACCCUGACAGUCCCCCUCUGCCUCCACUGCCUGACUCUCCUUCACCUCUGCUCGGUCCCUCCUUGCCAAUGAAGUUUGGGUUUAUCGGCCACUAUGGCCCAUUACAGAGCUGACCCAGGGUGGUGUCACCAAUGCGUCAGCAGGGUGGGGUGCAGUUCAGACUUUAUAAAUAGCUGGCAGGACAGAAGGAGGUGAUUUUCUUGUGUGUGCAGUUCUCUAGGGGCCAUAGGGGAGCAGAAUUUCAAGUACCAUUCUUAGAUCACUGUCAGAGCUGUCCCCGUCGGCAGCCAAGGCUGGCGGUGCCCGGGUCACGGUUUCCCCCUGAGCAGUAAUUGGCCAGCUUCCUUCUAUUGGUAGCCAGUGUCAACUAGCCUCCCAAGUGCUGUAGACAACACCCCUGAAUGAGUGGCCGUCAGCUGAGCUCUAGUGUCUCCUUGGAGGAUAUGGCACGGCUGGGAGGCAGGGGCAGAGAGAAGGCCCCUGAUGAGGCUGCUGACCUCCUCCUCAGAAUUCUGACCUUUCCAAGAGAGGCUGCUUCUCAGUUGCACGGGCACAUUGCUCCUUAUGACUCUCCGCAGUGGCUCAGGGGGACAGCUCACAGGGGAUUGCUGAGGUGGGUGGCUGUCCACCACACGUGGGGUCUGUGCUCCGUUCCUAUGGAUGUAUGUGCAAUUUUUGUAUUUUUUUUUUAGCUGUAUAUACAGUGUUUAUGUUGUAACUCCACCUGAAGCAAUAUCUACAGAAACCCUCCCCCUCUUCCCUUGGCACAUAUUCGCGCUGAGAGAUGAGUGUUCCUUCCACCAGGGUAUGUGUGUGUGAGUGCACGCGCGUGUGUUUUAUUCAAAACUGUGAGUCUCUGUUUACUUCAACCUUGAGAUCCCAAGAGACACUCAGACAGUGUGAGUGUGUGUGCACGUGUGUGCCCGUGUGCAUGCACACGCAUGCUGGAAGUAGAGGCCGGGCCUCCGGGGGAACAACCUGUGGCAGGGUUGAGAGACGUGCUCUCUGCACCUAGUCGGUGAGACAGCCGGGCAGAGUUUAUUAAAGCCAAGACUGAUUGUGCAGUAUUACUUAGGUAGCACAGUAGUGGCCUUUUGGAAAUUUCUAAACUUUUAACGCUAUUAACAGCCUUUCAUGUGAUUCACCUAUAUCAAAGAGGAUCAAGAAAGGAGAAGAAUGUAUUUUAUUGUGCUUUUUUUUUUUUUUUUAAGAUAAUGGAACAUGUGAGGCUCCAGAUGGAGGAUGUCCCUGUCCUCCCAGCCAGCAGUACAGGAUUCCCAGGGAAGAGAGCUGGCUGGCCCACAGAGAGUCUUGGCUCCUCUAACCAGAGUGCGGGCUCUCUCUGCCCCUAGGAAUGGCCACAGAGCAGGCGUGCCGCUGCGGGCCAGCAGUCCCCUCUCUGUCAGCGCCCUGCGACCUGGCUGCACCCGGCCUAGCCGGCCAGUGCCUGGUCCACCUUAGCGUAGCCCGUGUGCACAUAGCCCCCUGCCUGGUGAUACACUGAAGUGGCAGCCAGCACGUUCCCUCUGCAGCCCCUCCCCCCCGCCCCUCCCUCCCCUGGUUUGCGUAUUGAGACACUUUCUCAGUGUCACUCUCGUGGUGCCUUGCCAUGUCAAUUUGAAUGUUGACUAUUUAAUGAGGUUUCAUAUUUAAUGAAGAAUGUCUCCUGGCCCCUCUGUUUGUUCUCUAGGUACCCCUGUUUUCCUUUUUUUGUUUUUCUUUCUCUUUUUUGGUUUUGACUUGGAUCCAGUUCUCAUUUUAACUCUAUAGUAUUAUAAGCAUGGACACCUUCCACUACCAUCAUCUUCAGCACUGGUAAACCGAGCACCUCUUCACAUCAGAUGUAGUUAGUACUGUUUUCAUAUUUAGAUUGGUUAAGGGCAAAAGAUGAACGCCAGCUAGUCAGAGAAGGGACUCACACGUCCCAGAGAUGGGUGGCUGGAUUCAUCGUUGCCUGAGUGAGGGCCGAGGAACGUAAGGUGGGAGGGAAGAAGGUGUUACAGGUUGGAGCAGAAUCGGCAAAAUAACUGUGUUUCUAGGCAAGAAGUAGUACAUCAGAUGGUCCUCAGAAUAGUUUCCAAAAUAAUGAAUUUCAGUUAGUCUAGUAUUAUCACAAACAUUUUACGUUUCCAUUUUAAUUAUAGUAGGAACUUUGAAUUCAUUCAUCAGUUGGAAAGGAAUCCUACCUUCAGACCCUGACAGACAGACAGACAGACAUAUUUAUAUAUAUAUGAGUUUUGGAUUGUGACUAGUGUAGCACUUUAAGUUUUCUCAAGUAAUGUCAAGUUAUUGUCUUCAGUACUGAUUGAAUUUUUUCUCUUCUAUUGAAGUCUAUAUUCUAGAUUCUUCCAUUUAUAUCGAGAAUUUGAACAAUUAAGCCGCUAUCGGAACCUUUCCUUAAGCCACAUGAGCAAGAAUAAUCUCUCGUACACAUUUGGGUACUAGAGAAACAGGACAUUGGCCGGAGUAGCCAAGACCAAGACUGAAUGUAUAGCAGAGUGCCUUGUUAGCAUGGUGACCUCGUCCUGGAAGGAAGAGAAUUUGGUGUUCCACGGGGAGGACCAGGGCUAUGAGAGGCUUCCCUUGCUAGUGAGGAGGCCCCUUUGGUAAAGUACACUGAUGUGGUGCCCAGAGGCUAAUUCAUUGAGAGUAACAGAGGGAUGGGAAAAAGCAAUUGCAACCUGUGGAAUCAAUGACAGGAGAAUCGUGAAUGAGGUCCUCCAGCCCCCGGGCUGUUAGAACCGGAAGCCAGGCCUCCGGCAGCGGGUUUCAGGUUUUGUCCUCAGAAGGUAAACUGGGUGAGGUAUGCAGCGGGCACAGGCACCCGCACUCCCUGACCUGCUGAUGUUGAGGGGCUCAAAGUAAAACCUGUGUAUUAGGAUUUUAAGACUGAGGAGCCUUUCGUUGUCAGUGGGGGCCCAUUUUACUUACAAACUCAGAAUAAGUUUGUGAACAUGGAAAACUCUAAGCCAAAAGGUCUGAACCUCUAGAAUUAUCAACGCUAUUCCUGGGAGUUAAACUACCUAAAAAUUGUAUUUCAAAGCUUCUAGCAUUGUAACAUUUCCGUGGAAGAUCUCCCGGGGCCUGCUAAGUAGUAGGACGUGGGAGGGUUGCAUUCAGCUCCCCAAAUUUGGGCAAAGAAUACUUUGGUGCUGGGAAGUGACCCGACUUGGUUUUGCUGAUAACCUGCAACUAGAUGGACUUCUCCCUAGAUGCUACCAGCAGUGAUCUGAAAAAAAUACAGGCUAGUCCCAGAAAUUGGGAUGAGCUUAAGAUACUGCACUAUAUUCCAAAUGAUUCUAGGUGUAUACAUAAAGUAUGAACAUACUUGGAGAGGGAGGGAAAGGAACUUGACUCCCUGGGCCAACUCUGACAUGUUUUUUUUAUUCCCCUCACUAGUUGAUAAGGAUUAAAAAUUCUGGUUCAGCCUAAUGAGUGAACAGGACGGCUGCCCACGAAACUGGGUUGUUAGUUUUACCUCAUUGAAGCUCAUAUUCUCAAAGGCCCAAAGUGCUGUGCCGAGACAAAUCCAAGUGCCACUCUUGAAGUGUGCACUGCGGCCCAGCUGUCCGUGCUGACGGCAGCGCCUGGAGUGGGGAUCCCGUGGACCAAAAAUGAUGCCAUAAGGGGAGGCACAAGAGGUACAGUGCAAGAUCCGAGAUAGAGAUUAUACCAAAGAAAUCAGGUCUCUUUGUCCUGAUGUUUCUAAGGUGAUGAGGUUGAGCUAUGACAGAUGCCAUGGGAGGAGAAUUCACAUACAUUCCACAUCCAAAUUUUCAGCUGAUGAAGUAAUCCACUCUCAAAAAGCACCUAUUUAAAAAAAAAAAAAAAAAGUCCAUUUUGUGUAUUAAGGGAAAAGAAAAAGAUGAUGGUGGAAACCUUGAUUAUAAAGUUCCCCAGUAUUUACGGAGAAGGAAAUAUUUCCUCUCCCCUUGACAAGACUGUGACUGUUGCCGGAACCACAGCAUGGGAAUGCCAUAUGCACAUAAUACUGAGAGCUGAGGGUGGUUUUUUUUUUUUCAAGAGAUGUAGUAGUCUCAAUAGAUUUGUUGAAAGAACUCUUGGGAAAUUUCUUAACAAAUUGUAAUCAUUUUUAUAAACCUUCCUACCAAGGUGUUUACCACUCAUCAUCACCAUCAUUUAAUAUUUGUAAGUGCCCAGAAUGUACAAGGUGCUAUACAGCUGUUAAACACCCCCUCUCUGCAGCUGUUUGAAAUUAGAGUAGGUUUUUGCAUCAGCCACUGCUAGAAGCUUCCCCCACCUCAGUGGGCUGCAGGCGCCCGCCUCCCGGACAUCCCAUCACAUGUUUUCCCACUCACCUGUACCCAUCCACGCGCCUCCAUGGUUUUUUUUUUUAAAUCAAGAAUGUUUCAGGGAAUCAUAAGAGGUUGGACAUUUUUUAACCUAGCAGAAGUACAGAGUCAUAUAUUUUGCUACAAAGAUUAUAUUAUGGAAAACCCACUUUGCCCCAAAUAGUGUGUGGAAAGUAUGUGUGUGUCCGCCCUCAUGAUAACUUGAAUGUUGAACCGGCCCUGUGGCUUCAGGGUAGCAUUUCUGAAAGAUAAACCACACUGCUUCAGGAAACUUGCACCAAAUACGACUUGGCUAUCCCUUCCCUUACCAGUUUUAAGGGGUGCUUGUCUGAACACACUGGGAUGGGAUUUUCUGUUGGUGAUAUGCCGGGCAUUUUGGCGUGAGAUGGGAGCAGAACAGGAUGUUGUCCUUCUUGGUGAUUUGAAUCACGGUGGUCUUCAUUCCACUCUUUCAUUCCCCAUGGCUCUGCACGUGCUCUCUCUGAAAAUCUUGUUUCUUUUGCUCUUUCCUGGAGCUUCACCUCUCUACUUAUAUAUUACAGAGCUGUAUAAAUCUACCAAUGAAAGGUCCCCUCUGUCACCAGGUGGCGCCGCCCUUUGGUUUGCUGUGGUACUUUGCUGUAUUCUCUGUGGCAUCAUGUUACUAUGUAAAUAAAUUCAUUUUCAUAUACACUAAAAA